AUGGGCCCAUCACACCUGGCGCCAGGGUCUUCAUCUGCCAACAUCAUGCCUGACACCAAUGGUCCCUCUGAUAUUCCUGAUGAUCAAACUGUUGCAGGUCCAUCUGACCUUAUCCCAAAUCACGCAGCCCCCCUGGUUAAUCCUCCAGUGCCAUCCCAUCUUUUCAGUCACAUCUCUGUGGCCACCAAACCUCCCCCUAUAACCUGUGAUGUGGAGGUCAUGAUGGAACUUCCCUACACCAACCCAUCCCACUCUGAAAAUGACCCCACAGUCCCCUCAACCUCUUUGAUACCACUGGUUGAUGCCAAGGACCUUGCAACUGAUAUCUUUGGAGUCAAAGUGUCUGCACAUUCAGAGACUGUGAAAUGGUCCAGCAGAUUCACCACUGUACUGCCAUGCAUCUGGAAGGACAGGGUCAAUAUAUGCCAAGAUGAUGCUGAUACUGUUCAAUAUCUUUCUAAGCUUCCAGAAUCCAAUCCAGAGUCAUUGUCACAUGUGGUUCACAUACAUCACUCUGAUUAG